AUGAAGCUGCUGGGCCCAGUACAAGGCAAAGAUGACAGCAAGAACCUCACCACAGACAUCCUAACCUGGGUUGGAGAAAUUGGAACGAACGUCACCGACAACCAGACCACCCUGCAGACCUGGAGAGAGAUUCUUGAGGCAGAAAACCUGACCAACGCGACCACGAUGGUGGAAGACUGGCAGACCUACCCUGAAGAGAUAGGCAUCCGGUACUGGAUCAGGAAUGGAACCAGGAUUAAGACAGGUCAGUGUAACUGGGUUCAUCCAAACUCAGAAACCCCAAGAUGGUACUGCACGAAGGCAUGUGUCCUAUGGCCGGGACAGGAGACCAAAGGCUACUGGAAAUCUGAAGUUGUGUAUCCAGCACACCACAAGAAUGAGACGUGUACCAGAAUCCUCCCGUCAGAUGGGAUGUUUUGGGGAUAUUACAACUUUACAUGUGAUAUCCCACCGCCUCCAACAGCACAACCACCUCCAAUGGUAACCAAGACCUCAAGAAAUGUAACCCAAGGUCCAACCACCAUCGUAGCUGAAACAGGUUCAGUUUCAGCCACCCUUACACCAGCACCUGGGGUGAGUACGACUACCCAGAAAGCUACUAUACAGUUAGUAGAUCCAAACUUCAGACCAAGAAGUAACCACCGUCGCAGACACCAAUGGGAUGUAAUUAAGGCCUGUGUAACGAAUAAGUUCUUAACCUUAAACCCGUGUUACUGGAGCAUGCUAGCCGACUGUAAAACUCAGAAUUAUCUGGUAAUAACUCCAGCUACACACCUGAUGUUCUACGUCACUAAAGGCAUGUAUGGAGCUGAACCACGGGCACAUCAUGAGAACUGGUUAAAUGACACUUUGCCCUGGUUAUGGAUAGUUCCAGUAAAGCACUUUAGAGGAGCAUUCCCGAAGGGUUAUGCAAGAACAGGCCAGGGCCUGGCGGGACCAACAGAAACUGACAUGUACGUGCAGAGGCUACCUACGCCACCAGAGCUGAUGGGGGUUCCAAGAGGGGAUUUCCAGAAGAUUGACCAAUGUGUGGUGAAGAAAGUAGCCCAAGCACUAGACGGAGAAGAGUAUGUGAGUAACGGUGCCUCGCCAAGAUGCCCAUUGUGGCAAGAAUGGAACAGAUACUACGGUACAUGGACCUACAACUGCAGCGGACUGACGGCCAACAACACAGUUAAAGGUAUUCUACAAGCCUGGAGUGAAGGACACACCAGGAGUGAAUCCUCUACCUGGUGGGGCCUGCAGAAGCAAGAGAUCCAGGAGUGGGUAGUUCCAUGCCUAAGCCAGACCAGCAACUACUGGGUAAAGUACCAAUAUUUGGCUACAGUCUAUUCCAAAGAGAGAGAUAUUUGGCCCGGUGUAUGGAGUAAGCCUGAACCUUACGUGAGUCCAAGGCCAUGGCGUAUGGUGUGUGACAGAGCCAACACGACAUGACAUCGGCCUAGCCAGACAGCAUUGCCAGGGGGUUCCAGGAUGGGAAGACCACUGCCAAAGCCACUAUGGAGAAGACUACGCGACCUAUGGGUUGGAGGUGAAAUGGGUUAAGAAGAGUGGAAAAUGGAGAAGAGACAUUCCUGAGGGAGUGGGAUGUGCUAAAGCAAUUCUGGGUCAUCAGAUGAUGAACAGAAAAGAGGUGAACGGAAAGAUCAUUCCACACGUAGCAGAUCCAACUGUCGCCAUAGCAGAAGGACACGCCUUCAGAAAGAGCCUUUGCGAAGGUAAAGAAACCAAAGGGUUCGAGUGGUUGGGCCCCAACAGAAUCUACAACAAUGGGACCUGCCAUUCACCAGAAGAGCAUUGGAUGCAUUGUGGUCAAGGAAGAAAGGAGCAUGAAUGCACCUGGUGGGAAAGAGCCACCUUGACGGUGCAAGGAACGUUCGAGACAGCCAUAGAAACUGUGGUUGAGACCAUCGAAGAAGGAGCUUCGGUGGUAGGAGGGUGGAUCAAGAGUUUGUUCACCUGGUUAUGGCCAUAUUUACUGAUGGUUUUGGUAAUAAUCAUCAUAAUGGUCAUAAUCUACGCAGUCAUCAAGGGAGGAAUUGGAGCCGCCUUCAUUUCCUGCCAGAAGAACGACCACGCAGGCGCGAAGGAGGAGGCUAAGCAGUCCCUCCUCCGGAAGGAGGCGUGGACUACAGUAUAAGAGGAGGAACACGGACGCGCCUCAGCCAUUUUACUUGCUGAGCUUGAACCAGCCAUAGCUAAACCAAGGACAGACUAAGAAGUGACCGCACCCUACAACAAGAAAAGAGGAACCAUGUCUGCUACCCCUGAUACCAACAGCACCCGCUACAAUGUAAGUGACUUCACUUUGCUUUGCGACAAAGCCAGCUUCAGAGAAUGCAUGGAGUUUUGGGCUAUUGAAGUCACCUGGAUCAUCCACUGCUGCACCGGGGCAUGGGCCCUGGACCAGCCGCUGAGAAUCGUCACCCUGAUCCUGGGGCUAGCUAAAGAAGCCCUAGUCAACGUCUACCGACGGUGUGGCCUGAACACCCUGUCCCUGUUUAUGACCUACAUCCAGGGACGUGCCAGGAUUGACACCACCCGAGUCGGCCUGCUUAAGGGAGCAGGUGUAAUCUCCUGGGCGAUAUUGGAUUUCGCCGCCCUGUUCUACAGCCCCCUGAAGUGGAUCAGCGUCGCCUACGAAGGGUUGCUAGUGGUGCUGCUGUUAGCAUAUCUAGUCACACUAGCAAUGGCGCUGCAAGAAAGAGGAAGAGGGCGUUGGCUGCUCAAGCUAGGCGCCAUUACUCUUUGGGGCGUAGGCUGGGGCAUUAUGGCAGUAAUGUAUUGGCUACUGAUAGAUAGAGGGGUAGUUGGAGUGGUUUGGUUCAUGUUGUACGGAGCCCUCUUUCCUCGGAAGGAGGGAGAAGCAAAAAGUCCAGGACGCACACCACCAGUGGUCCUGCAAUCCCCUUGGAGAAGCAGAAUGGCACAAAGGCGUGCCCAAAGAGAUGACAGGGCUGAAUAAGAAGCAACACCAUGUCCUGUUUUGCUCGCUAGCUUGCUACGCUAUGAACAUUUAUAUAUAUAUUAAAUGAAAUCAAGAGUUUCUAUGUCUGCUUAAAUUCCAGAUGAGUGCAGCCUGCGUUAAAUGUGGGGGUACAAUUGAAGAAAAGAAAUGCCUCUGGGAUGUCUCACCUACCUUUUGGUGUGAGACCUGUUACAAGGAAGCCUUCCCUGUUACCACAGCACAAGGCAUUUUUUGUAAGAAACCUGAGGCUUACCUCCCUAGUGUUGUCCUGGGACACCACAUAAGCAUACAAACCACGGCCAUGCCGAUGGGCAGCUCGAUGGUCGCAUAUCAAGCUAAGCCUGAAGAAUGGUGUCAAGAAAGUCCGACUGGGUAUUACCUCCCAGUCUAUGUUAGAUUCUGGAAACUUCCAACUGGAGAAGGCGUCUCCACAACCCAUGUUGCAGACGGAAGAUGUGUCACCAUAGGGAAACCAUUGAAAUUACCCGAGUUACCGAUAACUCCGAUCGAAUCAGCGAUGCCAGUAGUUGAGAGGCCCCCUACUCCGCCGAAAAAGACGGUUGGACGGUCCCAAGGCACGCAGACUGAACCUCCACCACAAGAAACGGAGGUCCAGUGGAACUACAGCCAGGAACUCAGUGAAAUACUGGAGAUGCCACUCCCAGUGAUGGAAGCAGAAUGUCAACUACCUCCGGUUCUGUCACCCAUACCAUCACAGCCUCCGACACCUCUAACGGACGAGCCGCCUGAGAUAUCGGAGAUACAGCCAACCCCUGAAAUAUUGGGGUGCCAAGACACGCAGCCUACUAUGACGGUCCCAGACGCGCUAGUGGAAAUCGAGCGCGCCAUCGAGCAACUUGCGAUGCCCAAAUUGGCUGCUGUGCAGGGUAUCCAACGACCAGUGACGCCUGCAGUGGCAGUGGUGCAGGGCGUCCAACGACCUGUAAUACCUGAUUUAUCAGAAUUACAAGUGAUCGACAGCUGGGAGCAGUCACCUGGAGAGCUGUUCAUCGUUGAAGAAGUUGUCACCACCACUGACACCCAGAUGCAGCUUGGAGACCUGCUGGAUCUCACUGCACCAGAGGACGAUGGUGACCUCUUUCCCUGAUUGCUUGGAGUCGCUAUCUGUGACCUCAAGAAGGGGGUGUCAAGUAAGAUGAAGAUGUUGAGGUCUCAGAGAGAACUCAGGCUCAUUAUGGCCCUAAGGUAACAAAGGUUUUGAAGCAGACAAAUAAAGAUCUUAAGAAGAAACAUUAUAAGUUAACCAUAUGAUUAUGCUUGCUGAAAUGUAUAUACAUUUUUGAAGUGUUGAUUUGAUUAAAGUAAUGAUUCAGAUGAUUUAUUAUGUUCAGACUGAGAGGAAUGAUUUAAGGAGUGAUUCUGUGUAAAGUAAUCCUUGUUUAGGCUCUGUGUGUGCGUACAGGCCUCAUAGGCUUUGUGUGUCCAGGCCUUAAGAAAGCAGAAGUGCAGAAAACAACAAUCACCAUGACUCGGCAGCCACAAUGACAUUGCAGCCUCCUCGGAAAAAAGGGAAGUUUGGGAAAAACCCAAGAGGGCUGGCUGAAAUGUGUGUGUUAAACAGAAUGUGGGCACUGUGUAUUUGCUGUAACAACAUGACUUCUGUAUUACUGCUGUAUGUGAUGACAAGUUGAUUGCAUAAGUUAGACGGUGUCAGAGGGCGUACCUAGCCAGUUUUGUGUGUCCGGAGAGAGUAUAAGAAUGGGAGAGCAGAGACAUUAUACGGGAGAUGUUCGCCGGAGCUGCGAGAAGAGCUGCAAAAGGGAAUUUGGCCGGAGUUCUGAAGAAUCUUCAACUUCCUCUAUUGCCCUAGAGACGGGAAGACAACGCGGGACUUAGGCUCCAGAGAUCGCUGAGGACAUCGUUGGAAGCAAAGUCUUUUUCUGACUUUGUUCAACAAGCGAAGACCACACUCUGCCAAACGGAGAGUCCUAAGAGGUUCUGCAGUUAUCCAGAAGAAACCAAUAGAGGGGAGAACCGACUACACCCGAAGAGGCAAAGGAGGCAACAGCACCGGGCUGUUCCCCUCCCCGGGGCUGGGAGACCCAGUGACCCACUACAGCCUGAACAGACGAGGGUUUUCCACCACCACCAUACCACAGAGAAGACAGCUGGGGCGUAAGCACUAACGUUCCAGCCGAUUCCAGAGAUAACUGCCAGACCACGAUUGGCUUACAGGACUCCUCCGCUCCCCCCUGCCGAGGGAUAAGAUCCUUUUGUCCACAAAGAAGACAUCGUACCGAGUCCUCUGGACAACUGAGGGCUUUUCCCAGACGCAAGUCAAGACCGAGUGAUACGGUAGUGGCCACGCUGUUCGCUCUCUCUCCUAAAUUUAAUAAUUAGAGAAGAUUGUCAGGUACGCUCAAUUAGUUACUUUAGUAUCAUUUUUAAUCAGAAAUAAUUAAUUGUUUUAAUCAUGAAUUGAUGCUGUGCCCUUGCUAAACUUGCUUAAUAAAACGCUUUAUUGCAUUU